GUUAACAAAUAUGUUGAAUAGAGCCCGCAUGUGACAGUCUGUCAAAAUUCCACGGCUAACUUCAUUUUUAUUACUUUUAAGUUGGAAAUAAAUAUUUUUUAAGUUUUUAAGUUUUAAUUAUUAACCAGGCUUUGCUCGAAAUGCCUGGGCUAUUCGUCGUGUGAAAGUGAUCGCGCGGGGGCGAUGCAAAUUUUCACGGAGUUUAAAAGGCCGCAAAAACUGCGUGUGGUGAACUCCAGCGUACUAUGUAACUAAACGACCUCCAAAGUGUGAUAGAUAACCGCUGACUGCUUGGAAGUAUGGGUCAGGUGUCUAGCGCCGUUAUAGCGUCGAGAUCGUCGUCGCACGGCGGCGGCACCAACAACCUGCCCCCGCUACUCUUCCACAACGUUCACGGCGAGAAUAUCCGGAUAUCGCGCGACGGCACCAUUGCCAAACGCGUCGAGAGUUUCUGCAAGGGCAUCGCGUUCAGCUCGCGGCCCGUCAAAGUGAACGAGAAGGUCUGCAUCAAGUUCCUCGAGAUCUCCAACAACUGGAGCGGCGUAAUCCGGUUCGGGUUCACCUCGAACGACCCCACCGGGCUCAGGUACGGCCUGCCGAAGUACGCUUGUCCCGACCUCACCAACAAACCGGGAUACUGGGCCAAAGCGCUGCCCGAAAGAUUCUGCAGCCAGAACACUGUUCUGUUCUACUACGUCACGUCCACCGGUGACGUUCAUUUCGGUAUCAACGGCGAAGAAAAGGGAAUCUUCUUCGGCGGGGUGGAGACUCGGGGACCGGUGUGGGCCCUGAUCGACGUCUACGGCAACUCGACCGCUAUCGAGUUCGUCGACGUCAGGCACCAGCUGAACAACUCCAGAUCGAGCGUGACGUCAAACUCGUGCAACAGCGGUGCGCACCAGAGAACGGGCGACCCGGUGGACCGCAUCACCUACCCCAUGCAGCAGAUGCAGAUCCAAGCGCCGCAGCAGCACCAAAUCCGCGAAACCCACGACCUUUCGCUUCCGCUGCUCCGCUACCAACCGCAGCAGACCAGUUUCCAGGCGAUGCCGCUGCACCGCACCAGGGGGCGCAACGUGCGCUUCGUGAACGGCAAUCGGAGCGUCGCGAUGAGGACCGAGACCGAGUUUUGCCAGGGUUACGUGUUUACCGCGAGGCCCCUGCAGCUUGGCGAGAGGAUCGUCGUCCAAGUCUUGUCCACGGAGCCGAUGUACCAGGGAUGUUUGGGUCUCGGAUUGACCUCUUGCGAUCCGGCGACCUUGCAAACGACCGACCUGCCGGACGAUUCGAAUUUCCUGCUCGACCGUCCGGAGUAUUGGGUCAUAUCGCGCGACUUUGCCCGGAACCUAAACAAGGGUGACGAGAUCAGCUUCUGCAUAAGCGCCACCGGCGAGGUGCAGAUCGCGUGCAAUGGCGGCGCGCCGCUGGUCGUCAUCCACGUCGACCAGACGCUCCGGCUGUGGGCGUUCUUCGACAUCUACGGCUCGACGCAAAGGAUCCGGGUGCUGAGCGGCCACGCCUCCCCGACGAGGUCGAAUCCGGAACGAAGACAUCCGACGACUAGCGAGUCUAUCAACAGUCUCAAUUUGCAAAAUGAAAUGUCGCGCCAGUCGAACGGAAGACUGAGCGCCGUCCAGACACCCGCGCAGCCGCAGAACGGCCGCCUGUGCUUCCCCCAGGCCGAUAUCCAGGUGCAGCCGGCGGCCAACGGGGGCGCCGUCCUUUCCGUUAUACUGCCGCCUGCGGCGGCCAUUAACCACCAUCCCUACGGUGCGUCCCCGCUCUCGCCCGUCAUGGCGCCGGUGCCGACCACUUCAGCCGGCUUGGCCGCUGGCACGAUGAUGUCGUCUUCCAGCGCCACCUACAUCGAGCCGAUAUCAGACUCGAGCACUUACUCGACGCCGCUGUCGUGGGCGGAGCAGAACGCGACCGCCGCCAUAGGCGCGGGCAUCGAGUGCACGAUAUGCUACGAGAACCCGAUUGACGCCGUGCUGUACAUGUGCGGCCACAUGUGCAUGUGCUACGAGUGCGCCCUUCAGCAAUGGCGGGGCAAGGGCGGCGGUCACUGCCCCCUGUGCCGGGCCGUUAUCCGCGAUGUCAUACGCACGUACAAGUCCUAAGGCCGAAACUCGAAUCCGACAAAUAAAGCAAAAUCCACGAGUGCUUCCAGGUUUCGCAAAGACUGAGAAACGUUCAGUUAAAAGAGAGAAAGAACGAGAGAAAGAUAGAUAUAAGUCAACAGUAACGUUAUAUCCAAAUAAGAGGCCAUUCAGUGAGAGCCCUUACAGUUUGUUAUGGUGUUUUCGUUACGGAAUAUUGAUUCCCAAGAACAAGUGAUACAUUUUAAAUCAACCCAGCCAGAAAGAAAGCGCCUCUGGUCCUCUCUUUUUGGAUAUAAUGUCACGGACGUCCACGAAUAUUUUGCCAAAGAUAGAAAGCCGCAACCCGCGUUACACGCGGGUGGCGCGGCCAGUCUGCCAGCUUAGUCAAGCCUGCCCGCGCGGGUCGGGCAGUUUAAUUUUAUUUUUUAAUUUAUUGUUCGUCCCUCCGCCCACAGUUCGUCGCCGCCCCCCUCAGAUUGUACAUAAUCGGUUGAACAGGGCGGAGAAUGUUUUUUUUAGUAAUUAAUAUUGUAAAUUUGUAAAGUGAUACCCCCACGCCCCGCAUUGUUUGACGUUUCCGUUCGCGACGUUGCAUUGUUUCGCACAGCAACAGCAGGCCAGUUUCCGAGCCGCGGGCGGCGUUGCCGUUCUUCCGCGCGCUCCUCUUCUUUUGUAUAAUAAGUUUUCUAGUCAAAUAAGAUUAUGGUACUGAUUUAGUAGAGAGCGUUAGUAUAAAAUUAUUAUAUUCUGAAAUAUAAA